UUGGCACUCCGAAUUUCCGAUAUGUCGUGGCAUCACUACCUAAUCUUGUUUCGUUCGAUCAAAACAACUUUCGCGUUGCUGAGUUUUCGUUUUAUAUUUGUUUUAUUUUAUUGUGUCGCGUCACAGUAAUGCGCUUAAUCUAAUUAAUGCGAGGUACGUGUGGUGAGUGCGAGUGGAUUGUCGCUGUAUAGUGACUCGAGUGUCCUUGCUGACGCUGUGUUUCUAUGCGCAGGUCCGUUGGAGCCCUGAAGACGACCAUGAGACCACGGGACGAACUUAGGAACGGCGUUGACGGCGGCGAGAGGUCACGUCCGGCGAGCGCGUCGGGUUCGGAGGAGGGAUCGGGCGGGGAGGGGGACGGCAGCGGGGGGGCGGACGAGCUGUCGCUGUGGGACGAGGGGGCGCCGGCGCGCGUGCUGGCCGCCCUCAACGCGCUGCGCAAGUCCAGGCAACACUUCGACGUCCUGCUAGUGGCGGACGGGGCCGAAGUGGCCGCCCACCGGGCCGUCCUCGCGGCCGCCUCCCCGUAUCUGCUGGAGGCGCUCCAGACGCCGGCGACGGCGCACCGCGUGGAGCACGUGGAGGCGGAGGCGCUGCGCGCGCUGGUGGAGUACGCGUACACGGGGCGGCUGCGCGUGCGGGACGCGGCGGGCGCGCGGCGGCUGUACCGCGCCGCCUGGCGACUGCGCAUCGAGCCCGUGCGCGCGCAUCUGGCCGCCGCGCUCAUGCGCACUGCCGCGCCGCACGACUGCCUGCAGCUGCGCGCGCUGCCCGACCUGCCGCCCGACCACCUCAAGCGGCUGGACGAGUACAUCGCUAGCAACUUCGAGGAGAUAUGCAGCAGCGGCGCGAUGGGAGGGCUGCCCGUGAUCAACAUCGAGAUGCUGCGGGAGAGCAGCGCGGAGGACGGCGAGGAGGCGCCCGUCGCCGUCGCCGAAGCCGCACUCGCCUGGCUUCGGGAGAGGCAACCGCCCGACGUCGACGUGAGUAUACGUUCCUCCCUCGCGGAACACCGACGACCUGGAGGAGCUGUGUUCCCGCACGCACCUGCUGUACGUGGACGCGCGCGGGGAGCUGCAGGACUACGAGCAGCUGCGCGACUGCGGGGAGCAGCGCGAGUGCGGGGAGGUGGCGGGGGCGGGGGCGGGGGCGCGGGGCGAGGGGGCCGAGGGGCGGCCGGCCCCGCGCGCUCGCCCGCCGCCGCAGGACGCGCGCGCCGGCCUCGGAGACAGGCCUCCCCCAUAGAUCUCCACGACGAUGCCCGCAUCCACCUAGUGGGGGGCCUACCCUCUGAGCGUCAUCCGGUACGUGGUCGCCAUUCGAGAACUCUUCAGCCCCAACGGCCAUCAGUUCUUCUCGAUAUUGUCCAUAUACAAAUUUCUGUCAAGGACGCCAAAGCGGUUCUAAAGCUCGAGUUAAAAACUUUCGGGGAUUUGGAUCUGGGCAGGGAUGGGUCGGAGCUUUCAUCGAUCGACAUUUUGCCAGCUCGAUAUUGA